AUGAUGACAAUUCGUCGAUUAUUUCGAAUGAUGUCUUCGUCAACGAAACCCGGUUGGUGUUCGAAACUUCCACGGCCUCAAUACUCUCUUCUUGAACCUGUUUCCAUACCUUCUCAAACAUGGUUCGAAGUUUAUCGUCUUCGUCCGAACGUUUUUGCGAUCUACGAACCAUAUCAUUGGGAAGAAGUAAUAUCGUAUCUUGUAAUUGGUUCUGAACAUUCUCUCUUGAUUGAUACGGGAAUGGGUAUCGGAAAUAUUCAACAAGUAAUCAAUUCUUUAGUUCCUUCGUCUACAUCAUUGAAAGUGAUCAAUACACAUACUCAUCAUGACCAUAUUGGCGAUAAUUGGCGUUUUCCUGGUUCACUUUUGGGCGUGCAUUCAGAAUUCGCUAAACACAAUGCUAAAGGAUCAUUCGAAGAAGCUCAAAAUGAAUUAAAACCAGGCAUGAUUUGGGAGAAAUACUUGCCAAAAGAUUUCAACCCUAAAACCUAUCGCAUUCAUUCCUUUCAAAUCGACCAUUACGUACAGGAAGGUGAUCGGAUUACUCUUGGACACAAUCAUGAGCUCGAAGUGAUUUCAACUCCAGGUCAUGCACCAGAUUCAAUUUCACUUCUUGAUGAAAAACAACGUUUAUUGUUUGUUGGUGAUACAUUCUAUCAGGGCCCAAUUCUUCUCUAUCGGCCAGAGACCAAUCUUCAAGAUUAUUUAAUUUCAUUAGAAAAACUGGCAAAACUCAUUCUUAAAUUUGAUUUAAUAUUACCAGGUCACAAUAUUCCAAAUGUUCAACCAGAACUGCUCGAAAAAGCGGCAAUUGAAAUGCGCAAUAUUAUGCAAGGAAAAUCCAAAUCAACCAAAACUGAUGAUGGCAACUACGAUGAAUAUUCUUGUGAAGAGUUUUCAUUUGUUAUUGAUCCAUCUUUCUUAUCAACAUGA